AUAACCCAGAAAUUACACAAUCCUACACGACGUCGUUAAACACAGUCGCCAACUUCCAUUUCCAUUUGAAAACCCUAAACCCUGCAAUUCCGAGGGAAGUUAGGUUUCUGGGUUUGAGCUCAAAGUUUUCAACCAUGUCUAGUAGAGAAGACGACGAUUCCGAUGCUCCUGAAGAAGUCAGUGCUCAACAGGGAAUUCAACAAGAUGAAGAGAUUAGAAAAGCUCUUCGAUUGAGUAAAGCCAGGGCUCGUCACGAAGGGAAAGAACGUCGAAAGAAAUUGGCUGAAAGGCUAACUCCACGUCAAAAGUCAAAAGUUGAAGCAUCUGAUGAUGAUGUUGAAAUGGUUGAAGAUGAAGAUGAACCUGAUACAAGUAAGCAAUCCCAAGUAAACACAGGGAUGCUUCCAGUUGACAUUGUCAACUUACUUGCUGCUCGUGAGAAGCAAGUAUUUAUAUCAGAUUCCGAGGAUGAGAAAGAGGGGAAAAAACUAAAACCAAAGAAGAAACGAAGCAAACCAUCAGGGGUAGAGACUGUUAUUCUGAAGGAGCUACCACCUUCACUUUGUGUGCAGAACUCCUUGGAGUUCUUGGAGAAAAGGAAAAAGCAGGUUCCUAGGUCUGCUGCAGUCUUGACCAAUUCAAAGCAAGCUUUGCGUCUCCUCUCUUCCUCUGGAUUGCUGAAGUAAACUCAUAUUUCUUAUUUUUGUUGUUGUUGUUGCUUAGGCUCAUAGCCAGUAAGUGAGAGGUGAACAAUUGAAGGUGGUUGUAGUUCUUUCCAGUCUUUUUAUUACAAUUGAUUACCUCUCGAGUUUGGAUUGAGAUGUGAGUCAAAAGAUGAAAUGCUAGCUUGAAAAGCCUUACUAGCAUUAAAUUUUCUCCAUGUUAAUAUGUAAUACUAUCCUUCAUAUUUGAUUCUAAAUCAAUGCCAAAAGCAUUAUAGAUUGAUCUG